AUGACUCAAAGCAGUACAAGAUCCAUCUAUUUUAAAGGUCCUAGAAAGUUCUACUGUUCGACAGUUAUGGAAUGCCUAAAAAGGUGUGACGAUGGAGUAAGAACAUUUGAGCAUUAUUUGAAAUUUAAAUUAAUUACCUUUAUGUGUCUCUUGGAUCACAUGAAUCCCAAUGAACAAAAUGAACAUAAAAUUCUGCAAAUUGAAUCAUUUAGCGUCUUAUUUGGACAAGGAACUAGAAUUGUAUGA